AAACCAACCAUCGUUCCUUGCGCGGGCCCUCUGCGCGGCUGGGCAGACACACCGCUGCCGCGGUGUUUGUGUGCACACACGCGCACCUUGUCUCCUGCAAAGGGUGGAUGCUUUUCUGGUCGUAAAGUUAGUUCAGCUCGAUGACUGCCGCUCGCUCUCUCGAGGCCCUAUGCCGAUCCAGAUCUGCAACGGUUUUGAAUUGUAGGCGGAUUGUGACUCCUCUCUCCACUCCGUUCUCCCUUGUGUCUUAUAGCUGUAGGCCUGUGGUCUGUUCAUCUCUCCUUCGUGUCUGGAACUCUUCAAAACUUCAAUGUGCAGGAAGGGCUUUCUGGAUCUGGAAGUAAGAAGAAACAUGCUCUGACGUGCCCCGGGUCUCAAAAGCCUCGGAGUAGCUAUGAGGUUCUGACGAUGUGAGACAUAGAUCCACACGACCACCUCCGUUCGAGUGUGCUCAAACCCCAGUGAGAAUAAAUGACCUCGCUAGGACACUCUCUUGAGGUAUCAGUUUUCUCGUGGUUAGGUUCUCCUCUCCUGGGCGUGGAGGGUUUCUCUUGUUGGUGAAGACACCUUGGCGCACCCGCCCAAUAUUUCUUCACCACUGGUCUCCAGCAAUUUGUAAGAGUCGACUUACAAGUUAGAUUUCGUCAUUCAAGGCAAUUUUAGAAUGCCGUUCAAGUCAUGAGCUAGGUCCAAUUCCAGGCGAGUUUAGUUGCAACCUCUGGGGAACAAUCUAAAUUCAAGUAGUAUGAUAAAAGUAUCCGGCUUGUCUCUCUACUGAAGAAGUUCCCACUACCCGCGUGAGCUGAGGUCCUUGAACGAUCUUUGUCGCUCGACUCAGAAACCUGGUGCCUUUCCUUUCGGGGUGCCAUUCCCAUGUGCUACCUGUUUUGUUAUAAUUCUUUUCCACUUGAGGCAUCUGUAGCAGCCUAAGGACUGCCAGUAAAGUAGCGUUCUAUGUGAUUUGUACAGAUUGGUUAACGAUACGGUUGAGUGAGAUUACCAAGCUUAAAUGACAUGUCCAAGGUGUAUUCGAGAUGUGGCAUGGCGGUAAUAGCUGCUGAGAGUUUAUGUGAUGUUCGGCAAGCCGGGCAUGUCAUAUGAGCUUGGUAGUUUUUACUCAGCCGCCUGAGUUUCCAAUGCUGGAAAGACAUGGACCGGUAUCCGGAGGAGCAAUUCUGAAUUUGAGGAUCGGGCAUGUCAUAUGAGCUUGGUAGUUUUCAAUCAGUCGCUUCAGUUAUCAAGUCUGCAUACCAGUUGUUUGGAACGAAAUCCUCUAUCGAAAGAGGGUUCUUUUGAAUUCUCAACCGGAACGCCUCUCAGUCUGAAGUGAGAGCUAUAGUGUAGUCACAGACGUCUCGACAGGGUCUGAUAUUCAGGGUUUCUUUCCAGUUUUGCUGUCUGCCUGAAAUCAGUCGUGGGAGUACUUCCUGCGAUAGAUCUUUUGUCAGCCUGGCACUUGCGUCGUGUACUCGGUGUUCCGAAUUACGAUCAGGAACUCACGGCUUGAAAGAAAACAGGCUUAGCCUGGCAAGUCUAUGUAGAUGUUCAAUCCAAUGCCUUGUCUUCUCCAGAAUUGUCAGUUAUGUUUUUCCUCCCUUAAUGGGUUCUUGGUUCUGGUUCCAGAUUACCAACUUUUUCUUUUUCAAUCUGAAGUUUGCCAAAGUGGAGAGCGAUUCACGCAGGUUUUGUAUCCCAGAGUAACUUCGUCUUUGACACCUUGAAGGUUACCUGUAACUUAGACGUGAUAAGGAGUGAAUUCUUUAUGGACAGGUUAUACGGCUUGGGCGUUAGGGAGUUAAUAGACAGGAUUUUGCUUAGACGUUCCUGGAAGCUCUUCGCGGAAUUCUAGAGAGUCUGGUCUGCUUGUUCCUUGUACUCAACAUUUUAACUUUGAUCACGACUGACAUUUUCAGCAUUGAUUUC